AUGGAUAUACCUACACCACAACAAUUUGAUUGUUAUACAGACAUGAAAAUUGAUGAGCGAAAGCGAAAUGCGCCAAACAGUUUGUGUUGUGUGUUAGAAGGGUUAACCGAUGCUCAAAAUUCUGAUAUAAAGGAUAUGGGCUUUGAAUCUAUGAAGUGCUUUAACAUACGCAACAUACCAGCUGGUUUAGGGUAUUGGUUGUUGCUCAACUAUGAUCAUAAAACAAACGAGUUAAACGUUGGCAACCGUAAAAUUGAAAUCACACCCUCAAAGGUUCAUGAUGUUCUUGGAGUGCCUAAGGGGGAAAUUAGCGUCUAUGAAAAGCCGAAGCUGACAAAAAGAGAUGCUAUUAGAGAACAAUGGAAGAGCCAGUUCAUUACUGCUUGUAUAACUAUUAAACAUGUGACUGAAAAGCUUAAGUCAUAUCGACGAGGCGGGAUACUUUUUAAGCUUAACUUCCUUGUUGUCUUCAACUCUAUUAUGGGUGAGACAACUAAGAGUGCAACCAUUAAUCAAAAGUUUCUCGGGUCAAUCAAUAAUGAAGCCGACAUACCGAACAUGGAUUGGUGUAGUUAUAUCAUAGCUUGCUUGAAGAGAACUAAAGAGGGAUGGAGUGGUAUAGAGCCCUAUAACGGCCCGUUCACCGUUCUUGCGGUGUUAUACGCACACGAACGACAACUGAAACGUAGUCCUGAAAAUGCAGUAACUCCAGCGUUACAAUAUGUUACCACUGAUUUCUUGGUUGAUCUUGAGCGGUCCUUGUAUGACAACGGACCGUGUUCGAAUGAUGACAUUAAAAAGGAGGAUCCGUUAACUCCAAAUGUUGAAGAUCACGUUCAGUCACUAGGUCCUGAAGCUCAAGGUCAAACUGUUGAAGGUCAAACUGCUAUUGACCAAAAUGCUAAGGUACCUGAUGUAACUUCUGUUCAAACAGAUCCGGUAUUGAACCUAAAGGCACCCAAUGGCCCACGAGGGUCUCAAUCACUGUCUGGAUUAUCAGCUAAUAUAGGACAUUGUAACCGGCUAGAACCGUCUAAAGACAAGAAGAUUGGUAAUAAUAUGGGCAAGACAAAGAAACGUGCUUGGAGAAACGCAAACACUUGCAUACCAAAGAAGAAACUUAAGGUUUGGAGGAAAACUUCAGAUUUUGCUGUAAAAUUAAAGAGUUAG